ACAGCUUCUAUACAUUCACCUCAACUAAUAUGGCCUCUGUCAUAUCACACUUCACAUAACAGAACCAAAAACUCUCUAGAAUUCAUAAACACUUGCAAAUCUUUCUCAUAAUUUUCUGUGAUUUUGUGUUAAUGAAUUGUUUUAAUUCUGAAAAACCCACCAUGUCAACCCUCCAAAUGGUUCCUCUUAGCAAGCUUCGUUACCAAAAGCUAAGACAUGAGUUUGGGUCUGAUGAGGAAAGGGACAGAGUGAGUAAGCCAAGGAGCUGGCUCAGGUUCAGAAGGUUUCACAUAAGGAGAAGAUUCAAGUUGAAAAUUCCAAGCUUGAGAAGAUUAUGGAGGAAAAGGGCUAGGUUGGUCUCAUCCAUGAGAAUUUCAUGUGCUAAAGUGAUGAAAAGGUUCAAGGAUGGGCAAGUUCAUUUUGGUGAUCUUUUUGCUGGCAACUACUUGUUCUUGCAAGUCAAUCCUGCAUCACUCAAGUCCCUUCAAAAGGAUUUCCCUCUUUCAAAAAUUGCAUAGUUCCUUUAUCUUGUAUUAAUUUGGUAUUUACCAUUUCCCACUUCAUAAUCAUGUAUCAUCUAUGUAUUGUGCAAAGCAGCUAGCUAGGUCUUGGUUUUCUCUUUACAAAUGCUCUCACUACCACAUUCAGAAAAAUGUUGGAUUUGGGAGC